CCAAAAAACCAGUCAGCAGGGUGUCAGCAGCCUGGGAAUCUCCGAGGGGUGACAGGUCUGAAGUGGGGGCACGGCAUCCAUGAAGACCCGUGACUAAAGAAAGGAGCCCAGAGAACAGGAAGAGAAAGAAAGAAGCAGAGGUGUUAUCCCAGAGGGAUGACAGGAGCAGCCCCAGCCAUCUUACUCAGGAAGAAAGACACGUAGAGGAUGGAGCAGGGAGUGGCGAGGGAAGAAGGGAAGGAGGAAGGUUUGAUCGAGUUCUAUGACUCCUUCAAGGACAUGUUUGAGUUCUUCUGCAAGAACACGACCAUCCACGGCACCAUCCGCCUCGUGUGCUCCGGCAGCAACAGGAUGAAAACGGCCUUCUGGACCCUGCUGCUCCUGGCCAGCUUUGGGAUGCUCUACUGGCAGUUUGCCCUCAUGUUCAGCCAGUACUGGGCCUACCCCGUGGUCCUGACCAUGUCCAUGCACUCGGAGCCCAAGAUGUUCCCAGCAAUCACCAUCUGCAACCUGGAUCCCUACAGGUUUGAGCUGGUCAGUGAGCACUUGGUGCAGCUGGAUCGAAUGGCAGCAGAAUCCAUCACCUUCCUGUAUGGCAUCAACACCUCAGCCAGGUUAUUCCACAUGAAUGAUGGGAAUAUCCGUGUCAAGGACUUGUCCAGCAUGGGGAACCUCAGCAGGUCGAGCUUCAAGCUGAGCCAAAACUUCUCCCUCCUGAGAACGACUGACCUGAGGUCAGGGAAGAAAUAUUCCAGUGUGGGCUUCAGGCUGUGCAAUGCCACGGGUGGGAAUUGCUUCUACAAGACCUAUUCCUCGGGGAUGGAUGCAAUCCUUGAGUGGUACAGGUUCCACUACAUGAAUAUCAUGUCCCAGCUGCCAGUUAUAAUCAACAUUUCUGACCACGAGGAGCAAAUAGAAGACAUGGUCUACUCCUGCCAGUAUGAUGGGGAGCCCUGCAGACCCAGUGACUAUGUCCACUUUCACCACCCUGUCUUUGGGAGCUGCUACACUUUUAACAGCAAGGGGACAGACCCUUUUUGGACAGCUACAAAACCAGGAAUUCCUUAUGGCCUUUCCCUGAUCCUGAGGGCGGAGCAGAAGGAUCACAUCCCGCUGCUGUCCACGGUGGCGGGAGUGAAGGUGAUGAUCCACAACCACAACCAGACCCCCUUCCUUGAGCACGAAGGCUUUGACAUCAGACCAGGCAUUGCCACCACCAUUGGCAUCCAGCAGGAUGAGGUGAAUCGCCUGGGUGGCAAUUAUGGGAAGUGCACAACUAAUGGGGAUGAUGUGGAUGUGAAGCUGCUGUACAACAACUCCUACACCCUGCAGGCUUGUUUGCAUUCCUGCUUCCAGCACAUCAUGGUUCAGAAGUGUGGCUGUGGCUAUUACUACUACCCCCUGCCCCCUGGGGCUGAGUACUGUGACUACAACAAGCAGCCAGCGUGGGGGCACUGCUUUUACCAGCUCUACAACAGGCUCAGAAAUCACCACCUGAACUGCUUCGACCAGUGCCCCAAACCCUGCAGGGAAUCCCUGUACAAGGUGUCUGCUGGGACAGCAAAGUGGCCAUCAGCAAAAUCUCAGGACUGGGUCCGCCAGGCUCUGAGGCACCAGAAUGGAUACAACUCCACCAGCAACAGGAGGGACAUUGCCAAGGUGACCAUCUUCUACCAGCAGCUCAACUACCAGUCUGUGAACGAGUCUCCUCUGCUCUCAGAGAAUCUGCUGCUGUCCAGCAUGGGGAGCCAGUGGAGCCUCUGGUUUGGCUCCUCAGUGCUGUCUGUGGUUGAGAUGUUCGAGCUGCUCAUCGACACCCUGGUCCUGUCUCUCCUCUUCUGCUACCAAAGGCUCAGGUCCAAGAAGACCCUGAGAGUGGCUCACACUGCCACUGUCCCCAGCGUGAGCCUGGCCCUGGAGAACUACAGAGUUGUGCAGGAAGAGGCUGGGAAAGGGGAGGAUUCUGCUCAGGGUCCCCCCUCUGGGGUGGCUGUUGCCAGGGCCAGCAGUGGGGACCUGCACCUUCACCCUCCCUCCAGCAAGGUGGGAAUGGCUGAGAGCUGCCCUGAGGUGGUGCUGGGGGGGUUUAGGGACACACAGGACAGCAGUUUGGGAGGGGAACUGAAGAGCUGAGGGGGUGUCUGUGUGCCUGGAGAAGUGGGAGAUUGGGAACUCCUCUGCUGCUGCCAGGAAGGUGCCAAACAGAGACGUCCUGGAUCCACGGCCUGGGAGCACCUCCACAGCUCCCUGAGCCUGGAAAUCCUCCUCCAGCUGCUGCAGGUUCCCUGCUAACGCAUCCAUGUGUCCUGGAGCCAGGGUUAGUGGAUCCUGAGGAGCCUCUGGGGAGGGCAGAGCUGCACUUCUGCUCUUGGGACAGUCCUUGAGUUCCCUCACAAAAGCCUGUUCACAGCUCUUCAUUUAUGAACCCCUGUGAGGAAAUCAGCCUGUGGCUUCAGGCAGGCCCAUCUACAUUUCACAGACGUGCUCCAGCCUGGCUGUUCAUGGAAGGAAUUCCAAUGGAG